AGAGAUUCUUCUUUCUUUUUUACGCCAAGUUGAAAGAAACGUGGUCCUAUUUAGCACCUCAUCCGGGUCAAUCCGCGGAAUCGGAUUCGGCGUAGUCCGUUCAAUCGGAGCCUCAUGAUCUUCUGCUUCAAUUUUGCCUAUAAAUGCUGCAGAUGAAAACGAAGGUUUAGAUACAGACACCUUAAGACUGUUUUUCCAGCUUCUGUUCCAAAGCCCCCACCCACGAAGCAACAAUGUCAUUUUCAAGCACCCCUAAUCAUGCCUGGCGCCAACACAACGAGGAGGAAGCACGUGGUUACCGAGUUGAGUACCCUCCUCAUGCCGGGCACCACCACCACCACCACCACAUCGACGAACCCCGUGAUUACCUAGUCCGGCGCUCCGACACGGAUGCGACCUUGUGCGACAGCUACCCUUACUACGCAAAUCCUCCUCGUGCCUACGACGGUCGACAUGGCAACGCUGAUAGGACGGGGCCUCGUAGGGACCGAGUCGCGGAGUACGAAGAGGUGUACCAGUAUGCCCCGGCGCGUGGCGUGAAGGGCGGCGUGCGCAGCGAGUUUGCGGACGAGGACGUCAACGGAGAAGCCGAGGAAUUCAUCCAGAUGGAGCACAAGAAGUUCGAGUUGAGCAAGUGGAUGUCCAGCAGGAAGAGUGGCUGAAACAUGCCCUGAUCGUCAUUACGCUACGUAAAUAACAGCCACGCAUGUUAUUAUGUCGGGCUUGGUUCUGAUUCAACCGACUCUGUCGUAGGCUUCAUCGGAUUGCUUUUGCUUUUCUUGGUUGUACACUGAUGAGAACAUCAUUUGACUGUGUCAUAUGCUUCAGACUGGAUUGUCUCAAUAUGUUUGUACCUGGAUUAAUCGACCCACCCUCACUUAAUAUAGGUGGAUAAGGUUGUCGCCAUAUUGCUUAAUGAACAGAUUUCAGAUUCA